GUGGAAAAGUGUUGAUCAAGUUUUAAAAGAUGAACAAAAUGCUGGACAAAAAUGUUAUGGGGUUUGUAAUUGAAGUACAUACUCUCAAGACUUUGGAGAUGGAGAAUGUGCCAGUCCCUGAUUCUGUAGCAACUAUCCUAGCUGGAUUUGCAGAGGUUUUUGCUGAGCCCAAGGGGUUACCACCCAGAAGAGAAUGUGAUCAUGCUAUCCCACUUAAGAUGGGAGCUGAACCCCCUAAUCAGAGACCAUAUAGAGUACCACACCAGCAGAAGAAUGCAAUGGAGGAAAUUAUAAAGGAACUCCUGGAGUCUGAAGAGAUUAGGCCCAAUUUGAGUCCUUACUCUUCACCAGCUGUUAUGGUCAGAAAAAGGGAUGGCAGCUGGAGAAUGUGUGUGGACUAUAGACAAUUGAAUGCAAGAACUAUUAAGAACAAGUUUCCUAUGCCAAUUGUAGAGGACUUGCUAGAUGAGUUGAAUGGUGCUAAGGUAUUCUCCAAACUGGAUCUGAGAUCAGGGUACCAUCAAAUCAGGAUGGUGGAAAGUGAUAUACCUAAAACUGCCUUUAAAACUCAUAUGGGUCAUUUUGAGUACUUGGUUAUGCCAUUUGGGCUAACAAAUGCACCAGUCACCUUUCAAGCUCUAAUGAAUCAAAUUUUUGAGAAGCUGUUGAGAAAAUGUGUACUGGUAUUCUUCGAUGACAUAUUGAUUUACAGCAAAAAUCUGGAAGAGCAUGAAAAACAAUUGCAGUGUGUCCUAUCUAUUUUGAGAUCCCACAAGUUAUAUGCUAAGAGGAGUAAAUGCACAUUUGCAGCACCAAGUGUAGAAUAUCUGGGGCAUAUAGUAUCAGGAGAAGGAGUGGCAACCAAGCCCAGCAAAAUUAAAGAUGUUCUAGAAUGGGCAGUCCCAGUGAAUAUAACUAAGUUAAGGGGCUUUUUGAGAUUGACAGGUUACUACAGAAGAUUUGUUCAGGGGUAUGGUGCUAUCUGUAGACCACUACAUGAUUUAUUAAAGAAGGAUAAUUUCCAUUGGGGUCCUGAACAGCAGAAGGCUUUUGACCAACUAAAGAAGAUUAUGACUACUUGUCCAGUAUUAGCUCUUCCUGAUUUCAGCAAACCGUUUGUAUUGGAAACAGAUGCUUGUGGUUCAAGCAUUGGGGCAGUACUAAUUCAAGAGGGCAGACCAAUAGCUUAUUAUAGCAAAGCUCUGGGGCAGAGAGCAGCAGGGUCAUCCACUUAUGAAAAAGAAGCAAUUGCCAUUUUGGAAGCACUUAAAAAAUGGAGGCAUUAUUUGCUGGGUAAUCAAGUGAUUAUAAGAAUUGAUCAGCAGAGUCUUAAGUAUAUGGCUACACAUAAACUUUCAGAAGGAAUACAACACAAAUUAUUGCUGAAACUCCUGGAGCUUGACUAUAACAUUGAAUAUAAAAAAGGGAAAGAAAAUGCAGCAGCUGAUGCAUUAUCAAGGAGAGACACCAAAGAAGUGGAAGAGAAGGAAAAAUGCUAUGCAAUCACAUUGGUCUAUCCUGAAUGGAUAGAGGAUGUGAAGAGCAGUUAUCUAAAUGAUGCCCAAUAUAUGAAAUUGGUGGAUGGGGAGGAACUAAAUGAAGAAUCUAGCAAUUUUUCUUUGGGUGCUGGAAUACUAAGAUACAAAAACAGGAUAUAUGUUGGCAGUACUACUAAUAUCAGGAACAAACUGAUACAAGCUUUCCACAAAUCAGCUUUUGGGGGUCAUUCUGGAGUUAAAGUCACUUACCACCGAAUCAAGAAGAUUUUCUAUUGGCCACAGCUUAAGAAGGAAGUGGAGAAAAUUGUCUCUGAAUGCCCCACUUGCCAGAUUACAAAAGCUGAGCAUGUUCAUUCUCCUGGUCUUCUAGAUCCUCUGCAAAUACCUGAAAUGGCUUGGACACAUAUUUCUAUGGAUUUUAUUGAAGGGCUGCCAAAGUCUCAAGGCAAAGAUGUAAUCCUAGUAGUGGUGGAUAGGUUGACCAAAUAUGCCUAUUGCAAUGUCUCAUCCCUAUGAUACCCAAGAUGUUGUGCAGAUCUUUAUGGAAAAUGUUUAUAGGUUGCAUGGCAUGCCACUGGUGAUUGUUUUCGACAGGGACAAAAUAUUCACUAGUGAUCUCUUUCAGAAUGUCUUCAAAUCCAUGGGAACUACUUUGAGGUUCAGCACUUCUUACCAUCCACAAUCUGACGGGUAGACAGAACGGGUAAAUCAAUGUGUGGAGGCAUAUCUGAGAUGCAUGGUGUUCCAAGAACCUAGAGACUGGCACAAGUGGUUGCCUACUGCUGAGUGGUGGUAUAACACUUCUUAUCACACCUCUCUACAGGUCACACCGUAUGAAGCACUAUAUGGUGUACAUCCACCUCAGAAUGGGGAGCAAGCUAUCCCUGGAAAUGUAACUGAAGAAAUCAGAAUCACUGCUCAACAGAGAGAAGAGUUGAUGUUGAGAUUGAAAGAUAACUUGUUGAGGGCUCAGAAUCGAAUCAGGAAAUUUGCAGACAGACUUAGGUCUGAAAGAAGUUUUCAGGAGGGAGACAUGGUGUAUCUAAAGAUGCAACCUUAUAGACAGAACGCUUUUGGCUUGAGGGGAUCACUGAAGCUUCGUGCAAAGUUCUAUGGGCCAUUUAGAAUCCUGAAAAGAAUUGGGAAAGUGGCUUACCAUCUGCAGUUACCGGAGGAAGCUGGAAUACAUCCAGUGUUCCACGUAAGCCAGCUGAAGAAACAUGUGGGAAAUUUGGUUGUACCACUUCCUAAUCUUCCAUUGGUGGAUGAAGAUGGUAACAUCAAGACUGAACCUGUCGCUGUACUAGCAAGAAGGGUAGUUCCAAGAAGAAAUGAGCCGGUCACUCAAUGGCUUGUUCACUGGGAAAAUCUAUCUCCUGAGGAUGCUACUUGGGAGGACUCUGCUUUUAUUCAAGCAACGUUUCCACAUUUUCGACCUUGAGGACAAGGUCGUGCUCAAGGGGAUUGGAUUGUUAGAGAUGGAGAUUUCAGAGAAGAAAUGGAGAAGAGUUUCAGAAGUUUCAGUUAAAAAUUCAGAAGUUCAGAGUUAGAGUGGGAUACCGGUUGGGUGACGUCGUUUAAUGAAGAUGAACGGUAGAGAUGAGGCUAUUCCAAAUUACCAUGGUGCAUUUACGGCUGUGAUCGCUUUGUUGUACUAUUUACCGUUUCUGUUUGUCGUCGCCUGCGCGCGACGCUGCUUUUACUCUGCUUCCUCUGUCUCACUCGCUGCUCUGUAAAAAAAACCUGAGAUGCCUGGGGGUAUAUAACCCGGUGUGAUGAAUGGAAAAGCUAUCGAAGAUCAUUAACCCUA